CCCGGUAUUUCACACUACAGAUAAACACCCUACCACUGAUAACACAACAACGCCCCUAAAUAUCAGUCGUUCCGGUCGUUUGUUUAAUUCAUGUCAAGAUAGGAGGCGCCUGCCGAAUCUUUUUGCAAUGUUUACAUUUUCCAAAGUGAAUAUCACACUAUACACCGUCAAUUGAUCCAGGAUGGAGGACGAAAACAUUUCUGGGACGAAGGUUCGUUACGGCUACGACAACAACGCUUACGAUGAGAUAUCCCUCGAUGACGUGCACGUAAAGCCUGACGGAAAUGCACGAAGUGGCUCGAAGGCGAAGAUUUCUGGUCGAAGUCUGCUGGUGGUUCUGAGUAUCCUAGUGACUGAGCUGUGUGAGAGGUUGACCUACUACAGCGUGGUCAGCAACCUCGUGCUCUACUGCACCAACUACCUCAAGUACCCCAGCUUUGACGCCGCAAACAUCAACUACGUGUUCACAGGGACCGUGUACAUUUUCCCCGUGGCGGGCGGGUACGUGGCUGAUGCCUUGGCGGGUCGCUAUAACACAAUCCUCGGAUCAGGAUUCAUCUACACUCUAGGACUGUUUCUGCUUCCGGCCUCCGCCAUGGACUUCAGUGACAUGUUCGAACAAGAUGACGACGGGUCGGUGUUUGAUUUAAGCCUGAGUACCAGAAGAGCAUUCUACUUGACUGGUCUUGUCUUCAUCGCCAUAGGAACGGGAGGAAUCAAAGCUAAUGUCGGUCCGUUUGGAGCUCAGCAAGUCGAAAAACUGGGUGAUGAAGCAGUUCAGACUUUCUUCAACUGGUUUUACUGGUUCAUCAACAUGGGAGCGCUGAUCGCCUACUCGGCGGUGGGCUACAUCCAACAGGAGAUCAGCUUCGCUUGGGGCUUCCUCGUCCCGCUCCUCAGCAUGGUCCUAGCACUCGUCAUAUUCCUCUUCUCGAAAAACAACUACGAGCAUCUACCACCUCAAGGAAGUGUUCUAACGACAGCGUUUAAGAUCUGCCGAGCUGGCUGUAAGAAACCCGCUAACCCGGGUGAGAAGGUGAAAUAUUUCGACAAGGCUCGCACGUCUCACGGCGGGAAGUUUGACGACUACACGGUGGACGGGUUGAUCUGCGUUCUCCGAGUCCUGCCCACCUGUGUUCUCGUCAUAGUCUACUGGGCCAUCUACUCGCAGAUGUCGUCCACAUUUUUCCUGCAAGGAGAGAGGUUAAAUGUCGCAGUUGGAAACGGGAAGUUGCCGGUGGCUAUCUUGAACGACUUCGACACACUCGCUAUUCUGCUGCUGAUUCCGAUCGUAGACCGGCUGGUUUAUCCGUUUUUUACCCGAAUUGGUCGACCACUGACUCACCUCAAGCGCAUAGGGAUCGGCUUUGUUCUGGCCUCGGUGUCAAUGGUGGCAGCGGGAGUGUUAGAAAUCUACCGGAAGGACGAGCUGCGGUCUAGCGGAGGAGUCAUACAGGAGCUGGCAGGCGACGACUUCAACUCAUCCCACAUCUCCAUCUUCACGCAGAUCCCGCAGUUCGCUUUCAUAGGAGCCAGCGAGGUGUUUGCUAGUAUUUCAGGUUUGGAGUUUGCGUUCACCCAGGCGCCCCCCUCCAUGCAGGGGGUUCUCACAGGACUGUUCUUCGCUGCUUCUGGCAUCGGCAACUACCUGUCCUCAGCGAUAUUGGCCAUCAUCACGGCGGCAACUGAAAGCGAUCCAUGGCUACCAGACGAAAUCAACAAAGGCAAAUUAGAAUACUAUUUCUUUCUCUUAGGCGUCCUCAUGCUGUUGAAUUUUAUUGUUUUUGUCUUCACAAGUAUCGUGACGUCACCCAGCCUGCCCCAGAUGAGACACCGACAGCCGGUGACGUCAAUAUUAUAAAACCUGAUGAGGAUGUUAACACCAAACUGUAGUAUUGAAGAAAACAAGAUUUCAUAACAAUCUACUGAACUUGUGGGUCGGAGCCAAAUAAACCACUUUUGAAAAGCGAUAAGGAUACUAAACGUGUAAUACGUUUUGGACGAUACAAGUUCAGUAACGAAUUCACAAUGCAUUAAAUGGUUAUUGUGAGUCUUGUAGUGGUCUAAUUAAUUAUUAUAAUUAAAUAUAAUAGUUACUAUUAUUAUUUUAAUAUUUGUAAAAUGUUAUAUUCAUUGUCAUUUUGUAAA